AUGUCAACUACUUUAUCACCAAAUCGUCAAGUGGCACAAUCAUUACGAAAUAUUAUUGAAAAUGAUCGAAUAGAUAAUAAUGAAUUAUUAAUAAACUUUCUUGAAAUAAUACAAGAAUUUUUGAACAAUUUUGACGAUUGUUGCUCAAAAUUAGAACAACAAGAUUACAUUAAUAAAUGUGAAAAACAUAUUGUAGCAGUAACUCAACAGCAUGCAUUAUCAGCAGUUAGCAUGAAUACAAUUCGUACGGAAAUCAAUCAAUCAUUCGAACAAAUAGAAAAAACACGUGGAAUCAAUGAAACCGAUUGA